CACGAUAUGGUGGGAAUAUCGAUUAUCAGAUACUACAGGUUCAACUGAACACAAAAUUUUAAGUUAUUGUCCACCACGUUCACAUCGACGUCGUCCAUUACGAAGCUACGUUGUUCAAGUUGCCGCAUAUAAUAGUACCCAUAGCCGGUCCUACAUCGAAAGUCAGAGGAAUAUCCGCGAGCUUCGGGUAAAACAGGCUCUCCUUGGUCAAAUAACGAACCCCACAAAUGAGAAUGUUCUCCAGAUCCCCAUGAGAACAUGUCAUCAUGUGUCUUUUGCAUUUUCAUUUCUCCUUCUGUUCAGAAUGUCGCAAACAUUUGGUGCGAAUCUCCAGCGCUUGUGCUUGUGCUUCUCGCCACAUUCUUAUUUCGUGUAAUCUCUUUUUUCCCCAGUGCCAUCAUGAUACCCGCCGGUCACCCAAACUUCCUUCCGGGUUUCAUCGAAUAUCAAAUCACAAUCUGGACCUUCCGUGCACAACGUAUCGCCGUCGUUUCAGCGAUUUUGACAUCUUUCCGCUCCCCACUCUUGCCAUGCGGGUCCCGGUGUUCUCAACGUCAACUCAUUUCAGAACAGAAUACUCUCAGGGCCAGCUCAAUGCUGAGACUAUUCGUUCUGAUUCUACGAAAUCAAUCAAAUUCGGGUAUCCGGCUUUCCAACUAUGCAAAUGCUUUGAAAUCAGUUGGUCUUGGCAAAACGUUAACCCUGCUUUCUAAUCCCUUGGUCGAAAAAGAUUGCUUGUCAAGAAAACUACAGCAAGUCAUUCUCAAACGAUGACUGCUUUUCUGCUAUUUGUAUCGGUAUAAUAAAUAUGGCUACACAAAAUAAGUAUCUCGGUCAAUAAAUACCUCUCCGCGGACAAUAUGG